AAAACGACGAAGAUAAACCAGUUCCUGUCUCUCUGGUGGUGUAGCUCACUUCCUGUGCCUCUGCUGCUGCAUAUGUUUGACUCAUUCUGUUCAGGCUGUUGUCCUCAGAGAAAUGGAUUUUUUGAUGAUAGGGCCAGCUUACAAACUUUUUAUCUUUUUAUGCAUGAUACAAGGAACAUAUGGAGUGCUUAUACAUCAUAAAGCAGACGUAACUGCUGUGGAGGGACAGAAUGUCAGCCUUCAGUGCAUUGUGGGAGAGGAGCAUGACAUCAAAAUCAUCCAGCUGGAAUGGAUUAAACAGCAAAAAGGAAAUGAGAAGAAUGAUCAGAAGAUUGUUGUGUUCCAUCCUGGGUUUCCAAUACAUUAUUUUCAAUCAGGUCAUUUUCUGGAGACAGUGACCAAAUCAAAAACUAAGAUGACUCAGGGCUCAGUCUUGACCCUGUAUAACGUUACAGUGAAUAGCAGUGGAAACUAUAUUUGCGAAAUUACUUCUUAUCCUAAUGGAUCAAUUAGAAGAACCACAAACCUGCAAGUUACAGAGCCUCCACCAUCAGUGAAGAUGUCAUAUCCAAACGGAUUCAUAAAAGAGGGACACGACGUUAAAAUAACUUGUUCAGCUAGCCCUCCACCAAACCGUUAUAAACUUGAACGUUCAAAGGACAAGAAAUUUUGGCCGUACAACUCAAACGGAGAGUUUGUUUUACGAAACGUCACCAGAAAUGACAGUGGUGAUUACAUCUGUUUACCUGAAUGGGACUCAUUAGUCCGAAAUCAGCAAGGUCUCAAUGCCACAAUGGAACUGACUGUGAAUUUUCUUGAUGGCAUUAAGUGUAACACAAGCAGCCCUUUAAACAUCAGCGUUGGUGAGGACGUGGCGAUUUCUUGUAUCGCAAAAGCAUCACAGCACUUGCAGUACAAGUGGAUGAGGGGUGACACAACACUGUCUCUGUCAGACACUUUGUCUCUGACCUCGGUAACAUCUGACCACUCAGGAACAUACAAACUGACAGCUGUCCUUCUAGACAGUCAAUUCCAGACAGACGUGGAGUUUUCUAUCCGUGUUCUCUCAAAGCAAAGCGAAGGAAAGACAACUUCGUCCCCAUUAAGAACCACUGAACUUCUGAGCAGCUUUACCACCAAUGGGACCAGUUCAUGGAGCACUGAUACCUCUGUGUCUACAACAGAAUCUGGUCACUUCAUAGCCAGCACAGUGAAACCAAAUAUGACAACCUCUAUGACAACCCUACAACCUAGACACACCAGUCACCCCACUCCUUCCAAUGGCAGCUCUUCUGCUCCACCUGUUGGCAAUGCAUCUACAUUACAUACAAGCACUGUAAAAUCUACAGACAGUUUGAGCACAACUCCAGAUCCAGCUACCAGAAGAAAAGAAAGAUUCACCACUGUUAUAACACAGAAAAACCUCACCUCUGUUACAACAAAGAAAAACCUCACCACUGUUACAGUACCACAAGCCUCAAAAAGCUCAGCGUAUGUCGUUGUCCCGAUUGUGUUGCUGUUGCUCGUGUUGAUUUUGCUUCUAUACAGAAGAUACCAGAACCAAAAGAAAAUGGAUAUGCCACCUCCAUUCAAGCCUCCCCCACCACCAGUGAAAUACACAUCAGUGAGGAACCAUGAUGUCCCUAUGACUGAUAUUCUAGUGUGAAUGUAUCAUGCACUUGAGAACCCACAAACCGUGGGCCACAAAUAUGCUGACAGGAAGAUUUUUCCCUAAAGGCCUCAUCCAACAAUGAAAAUUCUUUCAUCGUUUGUAUUUCAUCAAUACUUUGAUGCUUCAAAAAGUUUAGAAAGACAUUGUAAAUGUUAUCACUUAGAACUGAGUGGUUUUAUUUUAAAAGUCUUUCAAAGAGACAGUCAUUUUAUAUGAUGAAAACAGUGCACAUAGAGAAUUUUCAUACUUGGUUGAAUGGACCUUUUAACGUGUCAUUUUGUUAUGUGUUUGUUUAACAUGGGAUCCUUUGUGUAUGAUUUGUAUGUGAUUUAAGUGUUUUUAGAAUAUUUGUACUUAUUUUCUCUGUAUUUUUUAAUAGAUUGUACAUAAAAUUGGUUAAUCUUAUAAAUAUUUUGGAUUUGUUUGUUUUUUUUUGGUACCUUAACUAACUAAAAAAAAUAUCUGAUAUGGUGCCCCAAGUUUGAACUUCCAAAAUGCAGUUUAAAUGCGGCUUCAAACGA